CAGCGGCCCUUCUGAGGCGUUUCCAGCUCGACCCCGGCCAUUCCUCCUCGCACGCUCGCUCGCUCGCUCGCUCAGGGGUCGGUCGAGGUUGCCUGCCUGCAUUGCGCGCUCCCUAGCUCUGCUCGAUCUCGUGCAUUUCACUGCUCCCAUUACUUCGUUUUCGUCGCAUUAGGUUUCAUUGCAGGAUUUCUGCGUGCUUCAUUUCAGGUCUUGGAGGUAUAAUUAUCAUUUUUUUCAUUUCGAUUUGGUUAUUUAUUUUCGGGUUAGGGUGGGUGGAAGGGGGGAGUGGGAGGAGAGUGUGAGGACAUCAGCUCGUACGCAACAAGUGGCGCGUUCAGGUCUCGAGGUGUUUCUUUCGAUUGUUUUUAGACCGUUAGGUUUAUUCGAUGCUGGACAGAGUGAGAGAGCGAGAGAAGGGACUAUCUGAUAAGGAGGUGAUGAUGAUGCGCGCGGAAGAGACCGCAAGAGAGGUGAUUGAUGCGAAUGCGGAUUGAAUGGAGAGGAAGAGGAGGAUGAUGAUGCAUUGUGGAGGGAGAUGAGGUGCGCAGGGACAGGGCCAGAAGAAGAGUGCUGCUGGAGUGGCCUGAAGAGCGGGCAGGAUGAACUGAGGAGUUUCUGUGGAAGGUACGAUUAGGGGUUCGCGAUUGUUUGCGUUGCAUUGAUGUGGGACAGGUCAUUGAGUUUGGAGGCGGUGCUCGUCGGUAGAGCUGGUGAUGCGACUGCAGAUGUGAAGCAGCCAGGGAAGUUCACUCGUGAUGUGAAUAAGAGGAGGCUGUAUAUGUGCACCAGGGAAAGGGAGAGAACAGGCUGAUAUAAGAUCAUGGUCGCCGCGGUGGCGCCUUCCUCCUCCCCAACUCCUGCAGGUAAUGUGCAGGAGACACAGACGGAGAAGAAAAAGGAAGUAGGUAAUGUACAGAAUUAUGGAGGCCUUCCUCCGGCGGAGAAGGUCAAAGUGGUCCGUAAAACACGAACUAUGGAGAUCACGUCUAGGUACAAGAGUGCCAUUACUGCUCCUUCUCCUCCAGUGGCACCUGCAGGGAGUCGUCGCAAUCCUUCACCUCUCAGUCGCAAUCCGUCACCUCUUAGCCGCAAUCCUUCCCCUGCUAGGCAACCGUCCCCGGCAUCUUCUUCUCGCCAGCCCUCUCCCGUUAGAAAUCGUAGCACUAGUUCCAGCUCUAGCAUCAAAGGAGCUUCUGAGAGCCUUGUUCGUCAUCCGUCCCCAACCUUGGGACGUAGUAUCAAUGCGCCGGAGGUCCUGAAACGCUCCUACUCGACGGAGAGGAGACGCCCAUGGCCCGCUGUCACUCCGUCGUCGGAGAGCAAAUCGACCCCGACGAGCUCUACUACGGACGGGUUGGCGUCGAGCACUAAGGUUCGGCCGCAGACUAGAGGCCCUGAAUUGUGGCCUUCCAUGUCUGCAGCUAAGCAGAGUGCAGACUCCAACGAUGACAAUGUGAGUGACUGCCUGUCGGAGGGGGGAACGGAGAAAGAGGCACCGAGUAAAAUCCCUAAGCCUGCCCUAAACUCUGCAGGAAAUGGAAAUGGGAAUGGACAUGUCUUAGGAUCUCCUUCUCGAAAAGGCUCUCCUAUGCGGCGUCAGAGCAUUGAUCAGGCUGAGACAACGCGACCUACAGAAAACUCUCAUUCGAAGCCAGACCAGCAGAGAUGGCCUGGCAUGAGCACAGGGAAGGUGUCUGGUGGAACCAUGACUAGGAGCAUGGAUCUCAAUGUAGAUAGGGAACGCCCUCUUGCGCGAUCUUCAACAAUGACGGCACAGAGUCGCCCCGGAACCCCUUCGUCUCGUAUAAAAGCUACUCCCUCUAGGAGUUUCAAUCGAUCUGUGAAUGAAGCCCCUGUUGCAACACCUGGUCAAACCUUGUCAAGGCGCAAUCCCACUCCUACUAGAGGUAGAACAGGGACGACGGAGAAUGCAGCCCGGGAGCCUGGACCUAGUACUAAUGGUAAUGGUGCCCAUCCCAGUAGUAAUGCAACAGGUCCAGGAGAACACGCCACUCAUGCCCGGCGGCUUUCACAGGAAUCAGUUGCAACUGUGGAUUCUCUCUCUACACCCCAGGAGAAUAUGUCGGACACUGAGAGCGUGUCCUCAGGUGGCUCUAUACCUGGGAGUCGGGCUGGAAGGGGAACAACAGUACCUGCUCGCGUGUGGCAGGACAUGAAUGGUAGAAUACGGCGCUUUUCUGAAGGGGAUCGAAGUCGGUCAUCAGACGUUGAUCUUCCUGCAGUCGCUAUAGCUCCUGUCAAGACAGUUAGACGCACCAAAGUAUUGCCCUACCAACCUGCUGCAAGUAUGCUCAUGAAUCAGAGCAUGAAUGGGAGCACGACGUCUGCCUGGGCACUCUCUCCUGGUCGGGCGUCAGGCAAUUCAGCCCCAUCAACACCACAUCCACCAUCUUCACCCUCGCAUUCGAAGGGCACGUCACCAUUGAGGGGAUUGCCCAGCCCACAGAGGUCACGGCCCGUCCAUGGAUCUGCGGCGGCACUAGCAGGCACCGCUCGAAAUUUCGCUGGUACUACACUGAGUUUUGGAAUCGAUGGUCGAAGCAGAGGAAAGAAAACAUUAACACAGCAGGAAGAAGCUCAACUCCUGAGGAUCCUGCACAAUCGCUGGCUACAAUGGCGGUUCGUAAAUGCACGAGCUGAAGCAGUUAUGAGUGCUCAAAAGGCAGCUGCAGAGAGGCAGCUAUACAAUGUGUGGUUGAAAACAUCGGAGUUGCGCACGUCAGUAGCUAUGCAGCGGAUUAAACUCCAGCAAGCACGCCAAGCUCACAAGCUCCGCUCUAUUCUGUCUACUCAUGCAACCCAUUUAGAAGAUUGGGAAACAUUAGAGGAGGAGCACUCGAAUGCAUUGACGGGAUGCAUGGAAGCUUUGGAAUCGGCAAUUUUGAGAGUCCCAGUAACAGGAGGUGCUCGAGCUGAUGUGCAAGCUGUUAAGGAAGCUCUUAACUCAGCGGUAGAUGUACUAAAUGCAGUUGAAGCAUCUGUACAUUUCCUUCUACCCAAAACAGACAGUAUGGAAGCGCUUUUAUCACAGUUGGCAGAGACAGCAGCACAAGAGAGAGCUUUGUUAGAGGAGUGUGGAGACCUCUUGUCUGUAGCCGCUGCUUUAGAAGUAGAGGAGCGUAGUUUGCGCACUCAUCUGAUCCAGCUGGAGAAUGAAAGACAAAGACUGUUCAAAGCUGAAUCCUUGAAUGGUACUUUGAAUGCAUCUUCCUCAUACCUAUCCACGCCAUAAGGUCAAUCUUCUUUACUUGAUUGCCUUAAGAUUAACAUUGGCUCGAGAGCCUGCUGCCUCCUACCUAGGAGAUUCCUGGAAGCUUGGACUAGUGCAAGUUUUCAAGAGGAGAGCUUGGCUCAUUAAGCUUCUGAUGCGAACUGGGUUGUGUGAAGAAACUGGGAAGUGAUAUUACAGCUGGCGGAUGGCCCAAAUGCAUUGUCCCUGCAUUACGAGAAUGAGGUUUAAGUGAAGUCCAUGGGAUGCACUUUCUCUUACGAUUUGGCGCCAGCUUCUACUCUCAAGGCAGCAUUUGUGUAAAAUACGCUGAUUAACCAAGGCCGUUCUAUCACAGAUCUAGGCCCUUCAGUCUUUCUAGGGUAUUAAUGCAAUCCUGUCCGUCCGGAUUUCUCUUGUCCAGUGCUUCUAAACUGAGAAAAGGCUAUAGAUUCAAGGUCUUGAAAUGAAUCUGACGAAUCAUGGAUGGUUGCCAGAAAGAAAUUAACACAUUAAUUGCUGCGGAUCUGGUGACAAGUUGCCUUGUUCUUUACCAUGAAUGCUAUAUGAGGAGCACUCGGCCGAGUCUUCUCGUUCUGUUUACACCGCA